GGGAAUGCUGAGUGCGUUUGUUUGUUUGUGCAGUGCUUGCCGACGUGCCACUUCGAAAACGUUAAUUCAUUAUUGGAGUGAAUUACGAGAGAUGAGAAAGAUGGCGGCGUCCAGAGGGAAACAUGUGGCGCUUCAAUUUGUUGGAAAUGAUGAAGUUAUUAAGCACAUAGUGGCCGUUGAUGAGGUUUCUUCAGCCAAGAAACCAAGAAGGUCCAAAGUGCAAAUGCUGGCUUCUACUACACCCUCUCAGCGGCCAGUGAGAUCCUCCAGAAAGUCUGUCAACUACAAGGAGAGGCUCUUGAAAGCUCAGGAUCGAACAGAGUCAUCAGAUGAGGACGAUGAGAAUGACGAGGAGGGUGAAGGAGACGAGCAGGAACACAACAAAACACCAGAUGUAUUACUGGAUGAAGCAGGGAUCAAAGGAACGGAUGUUUAUCAAUUCAAAAAGUACAAGCGGUCAGGGCAGAUGGCUCAGCUGGCAAGGAGUAGUGCCACGCCCGUCUCAAGCAAGAAGCCGACUCAACAGCGGGCUGAGCCAAGGGUGACAAGGAGAAGUAGAAGAACCAUACCCGAUUCAGAUGAUGAUAGUGAUUCCUCAAAGACUUCAAGCUCUGAUGAAGACAGCAACGAUGACAAUAGUAGCACCCAUAGCAAGGACAGUACCUCGACUCCGCACAGAUCAGGAAGGGGUGUGAGAGGCUGUGCCACACGUGAUGUGAGAGGGGGUGCCACACCGGCUAAGGGGUCUGCUGUAAAGGGGCCUAUCACCCGCAGGAGAACCAGAGGAGAUGUAGAGCUGCCCAACAUGGCCGAGGAAUAUUUCUCAGCUCACUCUGGUCAGUCGGUGACUUCGGACCACACUCUGGCCAGACUAGCCAUCCCUAAGAUGGAUCAAGACGAUGUCAGCAAGGCACUAGGUGACGCUCCCAACAGUCAUAGCAGGGAAAUCUCAGAGAUGUAUCAGGAAUACAGAGGCUUGUUCAACAAGUGGAUGUUUCAGCUAAGCAAUGGAUUUAAUCUGAUGCUGUAUGGUCUUGGUUCUAAGCGCCGUCUUCUAGACAUGUUUAGGGCGGAGAUGUUGAGCAACUGGAGUCACGUUGUGGUGAAUGGAUUCUUCCCAGGGCUUACCGUCAAAAGUAUAUUGAACAGCAUAACCGAUGAUGUAUUUGAACAUGAAGCUGGGUUCCGCAGUCUGGCUGAGCAGACCGAAUACAUCCAUGACACACUAGAAGAACGUGAAGAGCCAUUAUUUCUGAUCAUUCAUAAUAUCGACGGAGUAAUGUUACGGGGACAUAAAGCUCAAGCCACUUUAUCAGCAUUGUCUCAGCUAGCUUCGGUUCAUAUCAUUGCAACUAUUGAUCACAUCAAUGCCCCACUCAUCUGGGACCAGUCCAAAUCCAGCAGUUUCUAUUGGAUGUUUUAUGACGUGACAACCUACGAACCGUACACGGAGGAAACCUCUUACGAGAACUCUCUUCUUGUCCAACAAUCUGGUGUUCUGGCUCUCAGUUCACUCACCCACGUGCUCAGAAGUCUCACACCUAACGCCAGAGGCAUCUUCAACCUCCUUGUGGGGUAUCAGCUAUCACAUCAGGAUGAUGCCACUUAUCAAGGGUUGUCCUUUAAUGACUUGUAUCAGAAGUGUCGCGAGGCAUUCCUUGUCAACAGUGAGUUGACUCUCCGGGCCCAGUUGACGGAGUUCAGGGACCACAAACUCAUCCGAUCCAAAAAGGGAUUGGAUGGUGUGGAGUUUCUCAUGAUUGCUGUUGACAGCCAAACACUGGUAGAAUUCCAACAGCAAGAGGAGGUCUGAGGAAUGGUUGAUGUCAAGUUGCCUCGGAUGAUGAGUGAAAGAGUUUGCAAAGGUGGGAGACUUCGUACCAGAGUUGUGGUCGAGUACAUCACAAGUCCUCACAAGUCCUCACAAGUCAAACGCUAGUCAUCCAGCUCCGGUCACAAGCCAUCCAUGUGCACGGUGGCAAAGGCAUUCCUUUGUUACCGUUCAAUCCCUGUUACUCAUUACUAGACUUGAGAUUUACUUGGGACCAGACUUGUGAUAGACUGGACUACAAUACUGCUUGAUGAUGCAUGCAUGACUGACAUCAGUGUGUUGCAACCAAACCAUUGCUACUGGAAUAUUUCAGAAUUUGUGAUGCGAUCAAGCUACAUGAGUCGUUUGUCGACCCUGGU